UCUGGGCUGCUGGAUGGCUGCGGAAGCGCCGAGAGCUCGGGUGCUGGGGUGCAGUGGCUGUGCGCGCCUUCCCGAUGCUGCGCUCACUCCACCUGCUGGGCUGGUUCUGGCUGUGGGCGCUGCACUUGCAGGGGCAGCUCUCUCCUGCCACCGGGAAGGAGGUCGACGUCGCCCACUAUAGAGAGCGAGUCAAGUCCAUGUUUUAUCAUGCUUACAAUAACUACCUGGAAAAUGCCUUCCCGUAUGAUGAACUGCGUCCUCUGACAUGUGAUGGGCAGGACACAUGGGGAAGUUUUUCUCUCACCUUGAUUGAUGCUCUAGAUACUUUACUAAUUUUGGGGAAUGUCUCUGAGUUCCAGCGAGUAGUCAGUGUGCUGCAGGAGGGCGUGAACUUUGAUAUUGAUGUAAAUGCUUCUGUCUUUGAAACCAAUAUCAGGGUGGUUGGUGGCCUCUUGUCUGCUCACUUGCUGUCAAAGAAGGCUGGUGUUGAAGUGGAAGCAGGAUGGCCGUGCUCUGGGCCUCUCCUGAGGAUGGCAGAGGAUGCUGCUCGAAAACUUUUGCCCGCCUUUCAGACGCCAACUGGAAUGCCGUAUGGGACAGUGAAUUUACUACAUGGAGUAAAUCCUGGAGAGACACCAAUUACUUGUACUGCUGGUAUUGGUACAUUCAUAGUGGAAUUUGGUACAUUAAGUCAUCUUACAGGUGAUCCAGUAUUUGAAGACGUUGCCAGAAAAGCUCUUAAGGCCCUCUGGAAAAAUCGCUCUGAUAUUGGCUUGGUGGGCAACCACGUUGAUGUAGUAUCUGCCAAAUGGAUCGCUCAAGAUGCUGGGAUUGGCGCAGGAGUAGAUUCCUAUUUUGAGUACCUUGUGAAAGGAGCCAUCCUGUUACAGGACGAGGAGCUGAUGUCCAUGUUUCUAGACUAUAACAAAGCUAUAAAGAACUACACAAAAUUUGAUGAUUGGUACCUCUGGGUCCAAAUGUACAAAGGGACCGUCUCGAUGCCGGUUUUUCAGUCUCUUGAGGCCUACUGGCCUGGCUUACAGAGCCUUAUUGGAGACAUCGAUAGUGCAAUGCGAACGUUCCUCAAUUAUUACACUGUUUGGAGGCAGUUUGGUGGUCUGCCAGAGUUCUACAAUAUUCCCCAGGGCUAUACUGUGGAAAAGCGCGAAGGAUACCCCCUUAGACCUGAACUGAUAGAGAGCGCAAUGUACCUGUAUCGAGCAACACGAGACCCCACCCUUUUGGAGCUCGGCAGAGAUGUUGUUGAGUCAUUAGAAAAAGUCAGCAAGGUUGACUGUGGCUUUGCAACAAUCAAAGACCUGAGGGAUCACAAACUAGAUAACCGCAUGGAGUCCUUCUUCCUGGCUGAAACGGUGAAAUAUUUGUAUCUGCUCUUUGACCCUGAGAAUUUCAUUCAUAACAAUGGUUCGUCCUUUGACGUUGUCCUGACGCCGUACGGAGAGUGCAUUCUUGGUGCUGGCGGAUACAUCUUCAAUACUGAAGCUCAUCCUAUAGACCCUGCUGCCCUGCACUGUUGCAAGAAACAAAAGGAAGAGCAGUGGGAAGUAGAAGAUUUAAUGAGAGAGUUCUAUUCUCUGAAGAGAAGCAAGAAUUUCAAUUUUGCAAGAACUUCAGAGAAAAAGGAAUCGGGGAGGCAAAAAGAUUCUGUGAACACUUCCCCCGAAGGCUGCAAGAGCUGUAAACAGAAAGAAGAAAGGAGAGUCCCACUGCUGAGCUGCCCCAGUCAACCCUUUACCUCAAAACUGGCUGUUCUGGGGCAAGUCUUCUGUGACAACACUUGAUUCCUUUGCUCUGUUUCAGAGUGGUUGAAUCCAAUAAACGGCAUUUUAUUUGCACUUUCUGUUGCCGUUUCCUUGGUAAUGCAUAUAAUGUUUUGCUGCUAGGAGAUGCAGUUCUUCAAAAUGGGGUCAGUUCUGUUUUGACGUAUAUCCACUUUGGAAGCAGAAGUAUUUUGACAACGAAAAGCCCACCUAUUGUGUGACACUCCUGGAUUGCUCUACAGUUCUGAUUCUGCCAACCCUCUGCAUGCCUGUUUUUUAACUUCCUCCUCUCUCUUUGAGAAAGUUUCCAUGCUCAAGGCGAGUGAGGAAAAGAAGUGAGGUCGAUCUGUUAUUAAUAACCAUGCCGGUUUCAGGUGAUGAGGAACAUAGAACAACUAUUGUUAGUCUCUUAUUAAAAAAUAUUGCACGCAAA